GUGCAUAAGAUUUGAAUUCAUGCUGCUAUACUUUGACUAAUAAAGUGGGCCCUGUAGAUGGUAGCAACAACUUUGAACCUUCUCAAUACGAUUCAAGUGUCGGUGGACUGUUUGUCCUUUUUUGUUUCGAUUUAGGCUUUCUAGCUCAACGCCCAUUUUCAGAUGGGCUUUCAAAACUGCCCAAAGCGGAUGCUGAGUGGCACCGCGUGAAGAGCAAGUCAGAAUGCCUCGAAACCACACGGGACAAAAUUCGCGACUCAAUUUUCGAUCACCUAAGAACCGAUUUGUCUGGCUGCGUGGUUCACCUGGGACCGGGAAAACCGCGAUAUCUAUGAGCGUGGCUUCCACUCUCGAUAACCAGGGCACCCUCGCAGCGUCCUUCUUCUGGGAUAAGAACCAACAGGGAACAGGACUCGAUUCGAUUGAGCGCUUCCCCUCCACCCUUGCCCGACAGCUUGCGGAAUUCAAUGCCGAAUAUAAGUGCUUGCUUAUCAGGCAACUUCGGGAGCCCGCUUCAUUCAGCAGGUUCCGUGGUUCUGCUGCAGAGAAGGACAUGAAAGCUUGGAUUAUCAACCCAAUGGCUGGACUCAGGGAUGCACUGUCUUCAGGGAAUGAUCGCCCUGUGAUCGUAUUGGAUGGACUUGACGAGUGUGGUGAUCCAGAAGUACUUGAAUCCUUGAUGAGGCUCGUUCUUCUGCUGGAUGAGCUGCCUUCAACAUUUGCCAUACUCGUCAGUUGUCGCCCGGAACCACAAGUGAUUUCUGCUUGGGACCAAGCCAAAUCGCAUCUCUUGAUUGCUCAUGAAGAUAUGGAUCUGAUUGCGGAAGACGAGAAUUUCCACACGAUCCAUUGUAUGGUUGUGGAUGGGCUUCAACGUUGUAUCAUGGACUCCCCAUGGAAACCGACCGAGAAGGACCUCGAUGGUUUUGCUUCAGCUUGCCGUGGCUUACCCAUCAUCGCCUCAACCAGAAUACGUGAUGUGCACUUUCAGACUCAGAGCGGCUCCACGCUAGAAUCUGAGUUUGAUUACUAUCUCAAUCUCACGGAUGCACCUCGGGAUCUGAACUCAGAGUACUUGCGAAUAAUGCGCCGAGCUUAUUUACGCCAGCAUCGCGAAAUGAAUUCACGUAUUGCGGAGAAAUACCGUGAAGUUGUUGGGAUGAUGAUUGCUGCACGGAGGGGACUCAGCGUGUGUGAUAUAUCACAGCUCCUGGGAACAUUUACAGAGCAUGAGGUCCACUCAACACUCAAGCCCAUCAGCUCCAUAGUUAGUCUGCCUUCGAAGAACAACAAAGCUAUCAAAUUCUACCACGCAACGGUGAAGGAAUUCAUCACAGGGAUUCCGCUCGGCAAGGAAGAGGACAAAGUGUUCUUUAUUAGCGACAAAAAAGGAUAUUCAUUUGGGUUGCGACUCCUUCAACUUGUGAAUGGUGCCAUUCAGAGGAAUGAAUGGGGUCUCCGAGACAUCAAACGAGAGAAACAAGAGAAACGAAAGAAGCUACCCAAUUACGUCGACUAUGCAUUUAUGUACUUGUUCCGGCACUUGGACCCUUCACUCCUCUUUUCACAAGAGUCUAAUGAAUUGCAGAGAGAAUUUGAACAAUUCUGGACACAAAGCUUGGUUUCGUUCCUCACACUAGCAUGUGUAGUGCUAGUGAAGAAGAGUGGUGAAAUUAUUCCUCGCAAUUGGUCCAAGAAUCACAAGUCAACAUCUGUCAUUUGUGCUGCCAACAGCCUCUUUAGACAUAAGACUCUUUGGGAUGUUUAUCGAAAUAUCCUUCCAUUCACUCCGAUGUCAUCGCCUGUUUGCGAGUUUUAUGCUCAUCUCUCUCCUGUUCGAGUCUUCAGUGUCUCCGGCGAGUUCGCCCGGGGUGGCUUUAUCCCUUUAAGUGAGGAUGCAUGCAGGGCUCGAAAGGUGAUGGAGGCGGAGCUGAUUAAGUUGCCAAAGGUAGAUGGCAAUUAUGAAGCCGAGUUUCUCAACGAUAAUGUUCGUAAUGGUAUUGUGACCUGUGCAGCGCUCUCAAGAGAUGGCCAUCACAUUGCGCUUGGAUUUGGAAGUGGUAUCAUCGAAAUAGCCAACUUUGAUAAUCAGUGCACCAUCUCUCGAUUCCAAAGCAAUCUUUCCUGUCCUCCUGUUUGGAUCGAAUUUAUCCAUGGUGGCAACAUCCACAUUGCUACUGAGGAUACUCGUGGAAAUGUUACCAUUCUUGGCAAUGGAACGCCUUCAGUGCAACUCGGCCCUCUCCCCUGCAGCCGUUACACUCCUGUUACUGCAGUGUUGGACAAUGGCCCUUUCAUCAUACGAGUACCAUGAAAUGCUGAAGGCUGUUGGUACGAGAACACAGCAGUCUUACGAAUUUCAGGCAACCCAUCCAUUCAGCUUCUCACACCUCCAACUCUGUCUCUGUGGUCCAAUUCUGAUGA